AUGACAGUGACCUAUACCAACCGGGUGGCCAAUGCCCGCCUGGGCACCUUCUCGCAGCUGCUGCUUCAAUGGCGAGGGAGCAUCUACAAACUCCUCUACUGUGAAUUCCUCAUCUUCAUCAUCUGCUACUUCUCCAUCAGCCUCAUCUACAGACUGUUCCUCAACGACAGUCAGAGGCUCCUGUUCGAGAAGCUGUCACUCUACUGCAACAACUACGCCGAGCUCAUCCCCGUCUCCUUUGUGCUGGGCUUCUACGUGACGCUGGUGGUCUCGCGCUGGUGGAGCCAGUACCAGAGCAUCCCAUGGCCCGACCGGCUGAUGAACCUGGUGUCCGUCAGCGUGGAGGGCGCGGACGAAUACGGGCGGCUGCUGCGUCGCACCCUGAUGCGCUACGCCAACCUGUGCGGCGUGCUCAUCCUGCGCUCCGUCAGCACCGCCGUCUACAAGCGCUUCCCGAGCACCGACCACAUGGUCCGCGCAGGCCUCAUGACCCCAGAGGAGCACAAGCGGUUCGAGGGGCUCGACUCCCCACACAACAAGUUCUGGGUCCCCUGCGUGUGGUUCGCCAAUCUGGCGGCGAAGGCUCGAAGUGAGGGCCGGAUCCGGGACAGCGUCAUGCUCCAGGGCAUCCUGAACGAGCUGAACACCUUACGCUCCCAGUGUGGGAGGCUGUACGGCUACGACUGGAUCAGCGUGCCGCUGGUCUACACCCAGGUGGUCACUGUGGCCGUCUACAGCUUCUUCCUGGCCUGCCUGAUCGGGCGGCAGUUCCUGGAUCCGGCCAAGGCCUACCCUGGCCACGAGCUGGACCUCUUUGUGCCCGUCUUCACUCUCCUCCAGUUCUUCUUCUACGCUGGCUGGUUGAAGGUGGCAGAGCAGCUCAUCAACCCCUUCGGAGAGGACGACGACGACUUCGAGACCAACUGGCUCAUUGAUCGGAACCUGCAGGUGUCCCUCCUGGCUGUGGACGAGAUGCACCGGGACCUGCCCGCCCUGGAGAGGGACGUGUACUGGAACCAGACGGAUCCCCACCCGCCCUACACCGCGGCCACCGCCGAGUCCAAGCGCUCCUCUUUCCUCGGCUCCACCUUCGACAUCAGCAUGCAGAAAGAAGACAUGGAGUUCCAGCCCCUGGAGCAGAUCAGAGAGAACGAGGAAGUCAACCACUCGACCCCUUUCAUGAGCCACUUGGGCCGCCUCCUCGGGGCUCGCUCACCCGCUCUCUCUCGGGCCGCCUGGCGGGCGAAGCCGCCGCGCAAGAGGAACGACAUCUCCUUCGCCACCCCCCACCGCGCCCACCGGGACGCGGGCGAGCCGAGGAGCGCCGGCGACGCCCCGUGGCCCAACGGGGACCCCUCAGAGCCGGGGCCCGGCUCCCGGGAGCAGCGGGACGGCGAAGAACGCACGCUUCUGCGGGAAUUCGACGCCUUCGCGUCGACUCCCUUCUACGACGGGCCCGGUUUCUACAGCGCCCCCCAGACCCCCAUCGGCUCCUUCCCCACGGUCUUCCCGCCCAGACGCCCGGGCCGCGGGAAGCCUCCUGCCCUCUCCGGCGUCGGCACCUGCACCGCUUCAACCCGGGACAACUGUGCCAGUCUGUCUCCCUCCCGGGCCGGCGACGUGGACAGGAGUCAGGGUUCCGUGGCCUCCGGUGCGAGAGACCACUUCAUCUGGCCCACAGAGGGGAUCGGAGCCUCAGACGCCCCGGUGGGAACCGUGGACGAGGACCACCUGACCCAGGGAGCCGGAGGGCUCGGCCCCCACGGGGGCCCGGAAGCGGAGCCUGCGACUUUGGGAGGUCCCGCACAUCUGUUCUGGCAGGAUCCUCCCGAUCUGGAGAAGCAGACUGGCUUGGGGAAGUCUCAGAGUUCAAAAGGGCACCGUCAGCCCCAGCCGGCCCUGGAGAACGCAUCCGGGGCCGGCCCCAACACCGUCACCGUCGACCCCCCGGCCGUCCCCGCCGGGCCCAACGGCCACCCCGGCCUCCCGCCCCUCAUCUCGCUGGCGUCGACGCCGCCAGAGCGGGCCGGGCCCGGGAACCCGUCCGCUCUCUUCGGCGGGGGCUCAGGAGAGGCUUCCGGCAUUCUCUGCCAAGCUUCUAGAGAUUUUUCCGGCUCUUCCGCCAACUCGGGAGAUGGAGCGGGCGGCCGUCACGCCGAGGAGCCCAGGAUGGCGGGGAACCCCUCCCCCAACGACUCUGGCAUCUCCCUGGCCGAGGGAGACGCGGGCCGGCUCACGGCAGCGAUCCCGGAAGCUGGGGGAGCGCCUCCCCGAUGA